AUGUUGGUGCUACUGGCUGGUAUUUUUGUGGUCCACAUUGCCACCGUGGUCAUGCUGUUUGUAUCCACCAUUGCCAACGUCUGGAUGGCAGGUACCUCUUCCCAGGGAACAAACUCAACAGGACUCUGGCUAAACUGCGAUGCUGGGAAAUGCCAUCAGAUUGCAUUCGCUGAAGGGGAUAUGUCUUCCCUCAAGGCAGUGCAAGCCUUCAUGAUCCUGGCUAUCAUCUUCUCCUUCGUCUCAUUGGUCAUGUUCGUGGUGCAGCUCUUCACCAUGGAGAAAGGGAAACGCUUCUAUAUCACUGGAGCCAUCAUGCUGAUUUGCUGGCUGUUCAUUUUGAUUGCAGUCUCCAUCUACACAGCCCGAUUCCCACACUACUUCACAGCGCCUAAAGACCACCAUGGCUACUCCUUCAUAUUGGCCUGGAUCUGCUUUUGCUUCAGCUUCAUCAUUGGCAUCCUCUACCUUGUCCUUAGAAAGAAAUAA